GGGCAUAACGAAGCGCAUAGCUCAAUAGAACACUUUCCUUUGGAGUGCCAGAGCAUACAUGGCAAAGGACAUUUAGCUUGGGUAAAUCUUUACUUGGGGAAGUAAAAUGGAGAAAAAGAUAAUUCUAGAAGAACUUCUUUUAAAGAAGUCACAACAGAAGAGAAAGAUGUCACCAGCUAAUUACAAGAAAAGGCUGUUUGUUCUGACAAAAACAAGCCUUUCUUAUUAUGAGUACGGCAAAGAGAAAAGAGGAAGGAAGAAGGGGUCUAUUGAGAUCGAGAAAAUCCGAUGUGUCGAGACAGUGAAUCUUGAGGAAUCAACACCUCCUGCGAGACAAUAUCCUUUUCAGAUCGUGUACAAAGGUGGCCUGCUCUAUGUCUAUGCACCUGAUGAAGAGAGACGGAACAAGUGGCUUGCAGCUUUGCAUAGAGAAAUUAAAGAAAAUACCAAUUUACUAAGCAAAUAUCACAGAAGAUUCUUCACCAAUGGGAGGUUUCUCUGUUGCAAUCAGACUUGUAAAGCAGCUCCUGGAUGUACGACUUGGGAGAAAUAUGUGACUCUAUGUUGCACAACCUUGUCUGUGAAACCACUGCCUCCAGUCCCUCAAACACUGCUGAGACGUAGAAGCCUGCCUCAGGUUGUAUCAUCAAACAAGGGAAUUCUAAAUAUGGCUGUGGCCCAAUGCAACUAUGAACCCUCAGGAAAUUCAGCUAUCCGUGUUGUCAAAAGCAAUAAAUACCAUGUAUUGCAAGAGGAAGAUUUUGCCUGGUGGAAAGUAAGAGAUUUGGAAGGGGAAAACUCAAGUGUCGAUGGGCACACAUCAGCAGAAGAACAGACCAUGGCUCAGCAUGAUUGGUAUGUUGCUGGUAUCUCCCGUGCCCAAUCUGAACAGCUGCUCCAUCAGAAGGGGAAAGAAGGUGCUUUUGUGGUGCGGAAAUCUAGCCAGGCAGGAAUUUAUACUGUGUCUGUACUCAGCAAAUUUCAUGAAAGUAAAAAAGGAACAGUCAAACAUUACCAUGUGCACAAAACCCCUGAGAAUAAGUAUUACCUCACUGAAAAUCACUGUUUUGAAACAAUUCCCAAACUGAUAAACUACCACCAGCACAACUCAGCAGGUAUGGUGCCAAGGCUCCGGCAUGUGGUAUCUACACAAAUAAAUAAAGUUCCAGCCACAGCUUCAUUGGGAAAUGGAAUCUGGGAGCUGAAGCGAGAAGAAAUUGUCCCGUUGAGAGAGCUGGGAAGUGGUCAGUUUGGAGCAGUGCAUCUGGGAAAGUGGAAGGGACUAUAUGAUGUAGCUGUAAAGAUGAUUAAAGAGGGAGUAGUGUCAGAAGACGAAUUCGUAGAAGAAGCUCAGACUAUGAUGAAACUUAAUCAUCCCAAACUUGUUAGACUGUAUGGAGUAUGCUCAAAAUUGUAUCCCAUCUAUCUAGUGAUGGAAUAUAUGCCAAAUGGCAGUUUACUCAGCUACCUACAGAUUCAUGGGAAGGAAUUACAGCCCCUUCAGCUUCUGGAAAUCUGCUACGAUGUUUGUGAUGCUAUGGCUUUUCUGGAGAGCUGUCAGCUCAUACAUAGAGACUUGGCUGCUAGGAACUGUUUGGUUGACAGCAAUCUUACUGUGAAACUAUCUGACUUCGGGAUGACAAAGUAUGUCCUGGAUGAUCUGUAUGUAAGUUCUCUAGGAACUAAGUUUCCAGUGAAGUGGUCAGCACCAGAAGUUUUUCAUUACACCAAAUUUAGCAGCAAGUCAGAUGUAUGGGCCUUUGGUAUCUUAAUGUGGGAGGUGUUCACUUUGGGAAAGCAGCCCUAUGAGCUGUACGAUAACAUGCAGGUGAUUGAGAAAGUUUCUCAAGGAUAUAGACUUUAUAGACCACAACUGGUUUCAGACAUCACCUACCAGAUAAUGUACAACUGCUGGCAUGAGCUGCCAGAAAAGCGUCCUGCCUUUCAUCAGCUCCUAUCAUUUUUUGAGGUGCUGAGAGAAGACAGCAGGCCUUGAAAAAGAAGAUUCACAUACAGAUGACUGUGCAUACUUGUUCCAUAUCACCUGCCUUCUGUGAGAGAGUGAAAUCUGAACUCUUCCUGACAUGAGCCACCUCUGUUACACUAUAUGUUAGUCUUCUAAUUUAAUUAGGGAUUUGACCAAGAAGUUUAUGGGGAAAGCUUUUAUGAUACUCUGCAGGUGACAGUAUCUAGAAGGAUGCUGUGGAAGAAUGUAAUUCAUUCGGUCCACCUUGUCUCAAAGGACUCCUCAGACACUGAGAUAUACGGCAACUGUAUACACUCCUUCCAUGUUUCCAAGCUGUCACCGUUUGGCCUUAGCUGGAAAUGUAAACAAGGAAAUAAAUGCUAGUUAGGCUUUCUGAUUAUCACAACUCAUCUGAAUGCAUUUUUCCUUUGUAAAUCCCUGAAGCUGGUGCCUGAGGUCAAAUGCAGAACUGCUGUAAGGAACAACAACAUAAGUAGUUAUCAUUUCACUUUCAAUUACUUAUAAAUUGCUAUUGGUAAAAUAUUACAUCAGUUUGCUUACUAGUAGUAUUGAUUUUAAUUUUGGCCCUUGGGGUGUAUGUCUGAUUCUGAAUUUGUUCUAAGCUGCAUAUCUAAGAUAUUUGCAACUCUGCUACAUACAGAAAGUUCCUUAGGGAGUUAUUACUUCUUUCCACACUUAUUUUUUUUUCCUUUUCAUUUUUUAUGUAGUCAUUGCAAUAAUAAAUGUUAAAUUUGGCAGAUCUGUAUAAAACUUUAAGAGCAAAAAAAUUGAAAAAAACUUACACUAUAUUGCUUAGCCAGAUAUUGUACUGCUGAGCAACAGAACAUUCUCUACUGACAUUAAUUCUGAAUUGUUAAAUAAGAACACCCAACUUUCAAACGUGCAUAGCACUAUGCUAAUUAAGGGCAACUUCAUUCCAUCUGGAUAUACCAAACACAUCUGAAGUUUCAUCGCUGUAACAGAAUCUAAAGUUACAUACUGACAUUUGUAAAUGGCCCAUCCAAUAUAUACAAAAAAUGAAGAGGUUGUGAAAUAAAAUUUCUGAAAAACUUC